CUUCCAUUGCUCAGCCUUGCAAGCUAAGCGAAAGGCCCACCCGGCAGCGGACAGCUCACCACCAACCCGCAUCCCUCCCCCCAAUGGCGAAGACGCAACCCCGCGGCCCGGCGGCGGAGCCGCUGCUCCCCCCGCCGCCGUACCUCAGCCCCCACUCGCCGGCCGACUUCCACGACGCCGACGACUCCUACGUCCUCCUCGUCCCGGUGCGGCUCCGGCGCCGCCUGCGCCGGGGCUGCGGCCGCGGCCGCGUCGCCGCGGCCCUCGCCGCCCUCGCGCUCCUCGCCCUCGCCUUCCUCCUCUGGCCCUCCGACCCCGGCGUCAGCGUCGCGCGCCUCCGCCUCGCGCACGUCUCCGUCGUCGCCCGCCCCGCCGUCGCCCUCAACGUCUCCGCCGCGCUCAAGGCCCGCGUCCGCAACCCCAACCUCUUCGCGCUCGACUACAGCCGCCUCGACGUCGCCAUCGGCUACCGCGGCCGGCCGCUCGGCACCGUCGCCUCCGGCGGCGGCCUCGUCCGCGCGCGCGCCGUCUCCUACGUCGACGCCGACCUCCGCCUCGACGGGAUCCGCGUCGUCGAGGACGCCAUCUACCUGCUCGAGGACCUCGCGCGCGGGUCCAUACCCUUCGACGCUGUCGUCGAGGUCGAGGGCCACCUCCACUUCUUCUUCCUCAGCAUCCCGGUCAAGGGGAGAAUAGCAUGUGUGGUUCAUGUUAAUCCACACGAUCAGACCAUAGUACACCAGGACUGCUAUCCAAAGUGAGUUGGUGACGGCCUCGAGCUAUCUUCGCGCAUGAAUCUAUUGUUUCAGACCUCGCCUGGAGUGCUGGUGGUUGUUGUAUACUUAAUCGGUGGUGAUGGAUGUGCACGUGGUGAUAUUUCUCAUGUACUACUAUAUAUAUACUGGUAGAUGGGGUGUUUGUAAAUUCUUUGGCAUACCCAAAUACCGUAGUUUAAAUCCGUGGUCAUAUCAAGAGAUCUCUAAUAUCAAUCAGUUCCGUGACAAGUGUUAAUAACAGUGUUUUACAUUGUCAUUC